AUGCCUUCAGGGGUGAAAGGUGGCUACAGAGCUCUUAACAUGGGCUUCCCUCAUGAAGCCAUGGUCGAUAUGACAGGCGGGGUGACUGAGGUUUAUCCCGUCAGCAGAAUGAGAGACCUGCCGACCUUCCUUAGAAACCAGCUGAUUAGAGGAGCGCUCAUCAACUGUGCCAACUGUCAGGGUCCUUUCGAGCAAAAGACUGAACAGGGGAUCAUGUUCCGACAUGCCUACUCUCUGACUGCAAUAGAGAAGGUGAAGACGGCAAACGGCCCUGUGGAAUUGUUGCGAAUUCUCAACCCCUGGGGGGACACAGAGUGGGAGGGACCCUGGAGUGAUUUGAAAGGUCCAGAGUGGAACACAGUGAGCAUGGAGGAGCAGAGAAGGCUGGGCAGAGUCCGUCGGGAAGACGGGGAGUUCUGGAUGUCAGUGUCAGACUUCCAACAGAACUUUGAGUCGCUGGAGGUGUGUCACCUGACUGACUGUCUCAGUGAUCUGGGGUCCAAAGUGCUGCCAUGGAGCUGCACAAUGCAUCAUGGGAACUGGGUGCCGCGCAUCACAGCAGGAGGGCCUCCCCAAGGAGAUACGUUCUGGCAGAACCCCCAGUUCUACUUCACCCUUUUGGAGGUUGACAGCAACACAGACAACUCUCAGAAGACCUGCUCCUUCAUUUUGGCUCUGAUGCAGAAACACCACAGACUUAGGAAUGUUCACCUGCAUAUAUCCCUGGAUAUUUACCCGGCCCAUCCUAAAAACACAUACCUGUCACCUGAGGACUUGAGUGCACGUCGACCGGUCCUCCGCUGGCCCAAACACUCCACACGUCGAGAGAUCGUCCUCCGUGGCUCCCUUCCACCGGGCCACUACAUCAUCAUUCCUUCAACCAGCAAGGCUAAUCAGCAGGGAGCGUUUCUGCUGCGGGUGCUGACAGAGCCGGGUAACACUGCCACUCCAGCCCUCAAACCAUUGCCACAGGACAUGUCUUCAUUAAAAGAGCUUGUAUAUCCUCACCAGUCUGCUCUUCCUUCACUUGCAACCACCAGACAUCUGUUCAAGAAGCACUGCAACAAGAAAGGACUUUGCAAACCAGCGCACCUGUUCAACCUGUUGACGGAGGCCUUACAGGAACGAGCGCUGGCCGGCAGCGAGAAGUACUUGUCACUGGAGCACUGCAAGAGCCUGGUGGUCCUCACUGAUAAUACAGGCAACGCUCGGCUGAACUGGGCUGAGUUCAAGACUCUGUGGGACAAGAUCAGGCGGUGGACGGAUAUCUUCCUGGUGUUUGACAAGAACAAAACAAAGCACCUGGAGUACAAAGAGGUCGCCCCUGCUCUGAACGCAGCAGGCAUUUACGUGGAUGAAUUGGUGAUGCAGCUGGUUGGACUGAGAUACACGGAGCGCGACAUGACCAUCAGUUAUCCCGGCUUCCUGUUCCUGCUGAUGAAACUGGAGAGCAUGAUCCACAUAUUUCAGGCGUAUGAUGUGGCGGGUAUGGGAAGAAUUACUGUUGACUACAAACAGUGGCUCCACUUGACCAUGUACAACUGACCCGAUCCACUCAGAUGGAUUCUUCCGGAUUUGCUUUGUUUAGUCCUUUACUUUUUUCUGUUCAUGCUUGAUUUUAAUGUGUGUAUUUUUAACAUAUAUGAAAGUAGAUGUGCACUAUAUAUGUUGCAAAUUGAGACUUCACAUACCAUUUAAGUUUAGGCUUGUAUGUUGUUGUCAUCAGUGUUGGGGAAUAGUGAACUGCAUUUCAUUUAAGUUGUAGGAAGGGACAUGUAGGGGAAAAAAAUCAAAGGCUGUAAAAAUUAGAUGCACUUUUGUGAGAUCUCUUGAACCUUUGCUGACAUUCCUUGCACUUGCCCAUGAAUUCUGGGAUUUUUAAAAUGUUUUUUAUUUUUUGGUUUACCCUAAAAGAUAUCUAGAACACAUUAGGUAUAUGCCAUAUUAAGAAUAUUUUCAAAACUUGAGUUGCCCAUCUAUUCUUUCGGCAAAGCCACCAGACUCCACUUAAAAAAACAGUCAUUUCAGCUUGCUGAACACAGGAGCUGAUGAUCCACCGCUGUCUGGAUCAUUUAGUUAGUUUGUGUUACUGUGUGACUUUGGUGAAUACAAACUAACCCU